CUUCUCCCCAAUUGAUCAAAAUAUCUUACAUCUUCCUAUCACCGCAUAUGUCCUUGUGUUGCAUGACAGGUCGUUCUUUGGCAUUUGCACAUGUCCCCACCAAUGCCCUCCCGCAGCUUGGUUGCCGUUGUGCAUUGCGUCUCUAUUUCCGGCACGAAUCCUCUCCAGCGAACAACCUCGACACUUGAUGUGACACAGUGAGCCUGUAUGCUCCACUCUCUCGUCAUACCGGUAUAAACGCCAGAUCCCCCUUUCCACCAAUACCAUGCCAUCGUCGACCAGCGACCGUACCACACCUUCGACCUCGGCCGGGAUUUCCGCCUCCGCUACUGCAUCUCCACGACCUUGCCGCAGCAGCAGCAUUGCAACCCAGCUAUCACAUCAACGCGACAAGACGAAAAGCGCUCAGCCAUACCUACAGGAUGUUCGACGUCAGUCCACCGCUCAAGGCGCCGUCGUCGGUUACACCGGGCCUACGAUCGGGGAAGCCACGCGCGUACCGCGUCCGACAAUGAAGUCGCGGGCAUAUUCAGCGCCGUUGGUCUCCAACAACCAAAGCCAGUUUCAAGAUUCCGAAGAUGAUGACUCCGACGGGGAUGGGGACAACGAGGAUGAAGAGGAGGACGGGAACCCGGCCGAACUGGGGGAUGAAAUCACGGGAGAUCCGUUCUUCCAGCGAUAUAAUUUUCCCACGUCGAACAGUCGCGAGCAAGAAAGAGACGGCGUAAGCGAAGAGAAGAGUUCACCGGACACAAAGGGACCCGCAUCGCCUGCGAGACCAAACGCACGCCCACGCCCCGACUCGGUUGCUGAACCAUUGGCAAGCCCCAUCACUCCGAUGGCCACGAGAAGAUUUCCUUUCGAGUUUCCGGUCUCCGACUCCGCGCAAGACAUUAAUAUAGCCGUGAUGGGAGAAGAAGGAGUCGGCAAGUCGAUGUUCAUACAGAAGGCCUUCGACUUGCGGAAUCAUUCGAACGGGAGUGCAACAUCGAAAAGAAUGCCGUUAGAAGGCGACGUCUAUACUGUUCGGCUUGUCGAGCUCGAGUUCGACGAUAUUGAAUUUGACGACGAUGAUAGAAUCAGCUGGCCUGAGACUUAUGACGAUGUCAAAAUGCCCACCAUCCACGGGGCGCUCAUACUAUACGAUGUUAUGAAUAAAGAAAGUCUGGUUGACGUCCCCGAUGUGUUGAAAGCUAUGCAUAAAGCGUCUAUCCCCUUUUUGUUAGUCUCCUGUAAAUGUGAUAACCAUCCAGCGCUGCGCGAGAUCGACCCGGAUGUCGUCGAAAAGCGCGCAAAGGAUUUUAUCGGUGGCGAUGUGGGAGCGGUGCAAACCGCAUUUUCCUCUCCUGACAGCCAGAAGCGAUGUUUGUCUGUUAUUAUCCGAGAUAUUCUCAGUGAACGACGAGAAAAGCUCAAGUUAAGCGCAGCGAGACGUCGGGCGAAUACGGGCUCUUCACAAGCGCAAAGCCCAGCGCAGAAAGCGGCGGCCAUUGCAAAGCAUAAUCGUGCAAGCUCGGAAUACUCGGCGACUGUGUACAAAGCAAGAACGGGUAUGGCACCACUCCCCGCGGCUACCGAACCGUUUUUGCCGACCAAAUCACGCUCCCACCAUAACCUCCCUGGGCUUCCCACGCAAAAGUCUUUCCUUAACCUCGAGGAUUCCCCGAGUCGAGACGGAUCAGACAAUGAAACAUCGUCUCCUCCAAAGCCAAAGCAGGUUAUUCCGGCCGAGCAGCCAUCGAAUGAGAAUGGGUACUCUUUUGAUCAACUCGUGAACCGAUUCCUGGAACUCCCUCUCUCCAAGGUGGAUGAGAAAUUCAAGGACAGCUUUCUCGCGCUCUUCCGAUUAUUUGCCGCCCCUUCUAUGCUCCUUGACGCAAUCAUAGCCCGCUUCGAGACAGUGGAGCGAGUCAGCGAACCUAUCCUCCUACGGACCAUUUCGCAACAACGAUACCUGACUCUUCUCCAAGCCUGGAUCAGCAACUACCCGGGCGACUUUGCCCACCCUCUCACCCGCGUCCGCUUCUCCAAUUUUCUUUCUCGGGUUGCCAACGUUCCGAUUCACGCGGCGGCGGUGCAUGUCCUCGGCUCCGACCUUGAGAAUGUCGCUGAAGACGACGAUACCAAUUGGGCUUGCUCUGAUCACGAGCUCGGACCAGCCUUUCCACUCGAUCGAUCACCAUCCAAUACCACCCUCGUCAGCCAGGCGAGCACGCUUCUCAACAACAUGGACACUGAGAGUGUUCUCCGAAAGCCUAGCAAAAUUUCUCUCACCUCGACAGACACCAACUCUAGCACGACGACCCUUGCCAAAAGCGCAAGCCAAACCACCCUCGCAUCACAAUUUCCCGGCAGCAUGUCGUCCGUCACCCUGCUCUCCAUCGUGGAAUCCGCCCAAAAAUCCGCCAAGUCGCUCAACCCGCUUCCGCGCUUCACCUUCGCGAAAAUCCACUGGCGCCUCCUUAUGGACACGACCGACGACGUCAUCGCCAAAGAACUCACCCGCAUGGACUGGACCCUCAUCUCCUCCAUCCGCACCCGCGACCUCGUCCGCUACGUCAGCAUGAGCAAAGCCGCUAAAGACAAAUCCAAAUCCACCGGCCACCUCCCGGGCCUCGAAAACGUCGACCGCAUGUCCACCCACUUCAACCGCCUCGCUGCUGUCGUCUCGAACUUCGUCCUUCUCCGCGACAAACCCAAGCACCGCGCCCUGAUGCUCGAGAAGUGGAUGCGCGUAGCCCGUGAGCUCCGCAAGCUUAACAACUACAACUCCCUCGGCGCCGUCCUCGCCGGCAUCCACUCCUCCCCCGUCCAUCGCCUCGCGCUCACCCGCGAGCAGCUGCCCGCGCCCGUCGCGAAAGAUUUCAUGAAGCUGGAGAUCCUGAUGGGCACCGCGAAGAGCCAUUUCGCGUAUCGGCUGGCGUGGGAGAACUCGAGCGGGGAGCGGAUCCCGUAUUUGCCUCUGCAUCGACGCGAUCUGGUGACGGCGAGCGAAGGGAACAAGACGUUCGUCGAGCCGGCGGGGGGAGCGGGUGUGCCGAAACAUGGGGAGGGGAAUGGAAACGGGAACGGGAACGCGGGCAAUGCGGUGGCCGAGUUGAAGAGUCGGCGGAUCAAUUGGAAGAAAUUCGAGAUCAUGGGCGACGUGAUCGUGGAGGUUCAGCGGGCGCAGGCGGUGCCGUAUAUGAACCUGCUGCGGAACGAGGAUGUCAAGAUGUUGGUGUUGGAGACCAAGAUCUCCAUGGAUGAGGAUGAACUUUACGAUCGAAGUGUCGCGGUCGAACCCGGUGGGAUGGGGCCGAGUCGGGGGAAGUUCAACUGGUUUCAGAGAGGGCCAUGAGCGGUUUCUUAUAGAUCGAGGGGGCGCACGAGGGUGGUUCGUGAUAUAUAUCCAUUUGCUUGACAUAUCCACGAUGUAAAGCUCCUCAUGCAAGUCAUCUUGGCGCGAGCACGAGGAGUUCGGAUGAUCUUUGAGCGGCCUGGGGGACGUGGAUACCAAAAUCAAGGACAUACGGUGGGAAUAUUGGGAUGAGAUAUUUCAGUUUCUAGGACCUUUGCUGUGAAGGGCGACUUGCGAUCAGGUGCGCAUGUACAUCCGUGUAAAUCGAUUCCAUCGAAUCUCGGCAAGUAGCAAUACAGUAUGGACAACCCUCAUGAAUAGGGCACGGGAAAGAGUCAAC